AAAAAUAAGUCGAGUUUUCCUUCCUGACGCUAUAACUCCAGAACGCACAAACAGAUUUCCACAGUUUUGCAUUUGUUGAAAAGGUCUCGGGCUCCGUGAGGUUUAUAGCCAAGAAAAUUCAGGAAAAUUUCAAUAGAAAAGCGAGAAAAUAGGGAUAUCAUUUUUUUAAUACAGCGCCAUCUCUGAUACAUAGCAUGUACUACAAACCAAUAUUUUAAGAAGAUGGCGACGGUGCGUGACACAUUGUUUGACAGCUACUUAUUGUUUUCUUCUCAGUUAAUUUCAUGUGACAAACCGGUGUGAAAUUGUGAAAAAAAAGUAAAAAAAAUAAGUUAUUCGUUUCUUAACAUUUUAAUUGGAAACCAUCAAAACAAUCACGUGUAUUGUGUACAUUUUUAUUCAAUUUCAACAGCAGGUAUUUGUCUUUAAGGUGUUAAAAAUGCCUAGAGGACGACGUGCGAACAUCGGUCGCCGCACAAGACAUGCAAGUCAGCAACAAGUGUAUUCACAGAACUUAAGCGAAGAAAGACAAAAUAUAAUAAGAGAAAAUGCCCGAUUGAGACAACGCGUGAGCACACGAAGAUCAUUGGCAUCAUACAAUCGCUUGGCAUUCCAAUAUGAUCCCACUGCGAACUACAGUGAUGAUGAAAAUUUAAAUAUUGGACCAAUGACGACUGUAUGCCGAUAUUGCAAUGCGUUAAAGUUCAAAAGAGAAACGGCUGGAUUGUGCUGCGCAAGUGGAAAAGUCAAACUGGAUCCAUUACUUACACCACCACAGCCACUGAAACCAUUGUUCGAUGGAAGUGAUCCCGAUUCCAGCCAUUUUCUUCAACACAUCCUUGAAUACAAUAACUGCUUUCGCAUGACUUCCUUUGGAGCUAAUAUCAUUCGAGAAGGCGGCUUCAUGCCGACUUGCAAGAUACAAGGACAAAUAUAUCAUUUGCAUGGUUCAAUGGUGCCAACACCAGAUGAACCGCAUCAAUUUCUGCAAAUAUAUUUCAUUUCGUCGAUGGUGGAUCAGCUGAAUGUGCGGUGUAAUAUUCAGGGAACACAACAGUUAAAGAGACGGAUUAUUGAACAGUUGCAAGCAUUUUUUCACGCUAAUAACGCUGUGGUUAAUAUGUUCAAAACACCAUUGGAACGAAUGCCAUCGGAUACGCACAAAUUUGUCAUAAGAGCGGAUUGUACCCCAACAGGUGAACAUGUGCGAAGAUUCAAUGCACCCACCGUUAAUGAUGUUGCUGCAAUUAUUGUUGGCGAUCCAACUAAAUCGCGAGACAUUGUCGUUCAGCGAAGAAGCAAUAUCAUGCAUCGUGUAAACGAGACACAUCGUUUGUACGAUGCGUUACAAUAUCCAAUCAUUUAUUGGCAAGGGCAAGACGGAUACGACAUCACGUUGAAGAUGGUCGAUCCAAUUACAAGCGUAUCAACGAAUAAAAAUCUAAGCGCAAUGAAUUACUAUGCGUAUCGUAUGAUGAUUCGUACACAUGAGGAGAAUGUCAUUCUGAAGUGCCGUCGGCUAUUCCAGCAAUUCGCUGUCGACAUGUAUGUCAAAGUCGAGACAGAACGUUUAGCGUUCAUCCGAUUCAAUCAGGCAAAGCUACGAUCUGAGGACUAUAUACACUUGCGUGAUGCUAUUCAUUCAGAUGGUGAUGUUCAGAGUAUUGGACGUCUGACGAUUCUCCCAUCAUCUUAUAUCGGAAGCCCACGCCACAUGCACGAAUACGCUCAAGACGCUAUGACGUACGUGCGAAAUUAUGGAACUCCCGAUUUAUUUAUUACGUUCACUUGCAAUCCGAAGUGGACGGAAAUUGAACGUGAGUUGGAACCGGGCCAAAAACCGCAAGAUCGCCAUGACAUAAUAGCCAGAGUAUUUCAGCAAAAACUCAAGGUCAUGAUGGAUGUGCUUACUAAGUAUCGAGUUUUUGGUGACACACGUUGUUAUAUGUACUCGGUGGAAUGGCAGAAGCGUGGACUACCGCAUGCUCAUAUCCUAACUUGGUUGCUGAACAAAUUACAUUCAAAUGAAGUGGAUGACAUCAUAUCAGCUGAAAUUCCUGAUCCAGUCACUGAUCCCCAUCUACACGACAUUGUGACGACACAGAUGGUGCAUGGACCGUGCGGUGCAUUAAAUCCAUUAUCGCCUUGCAUGACUGAUGGAAAGUGCACAAAACGAUAUCCGCGACCGUUAGUUGCUGAAACAGUUACAGGGAACGACGGAUAUCCAGUAUAUCGUCGGCGUUCAAAAGAAGAUAAUGGUCGAACUAUCAAAGUUAAAGUUCAAAAUCAAGAGAUUGAGAUCGGAAAUGAAUUCAUUGUACCAUAUUGCCCGCUACUAUCACGAAUUUUUGAAACACAUGUAAACGUUGAGAGUUGUCAUUCGGCCAAAUCAAUCAAAUAUUUGUGCAAGUACGUCACAAAAGGCAGCGACAUGGCUGUGUUUGGUAUUGCGUCGGAAAAUGCGAAUGACGAAAUCAGCAACUUCCAAAUGGGCAGAUACGUCAGUACUAAUGAAGCACUGUGGCGAUUAUUUUCAUUUCUAAUUCAUGAAAGAUAUCCCACAGUUGUACAUUUAGCAGUGCAUUUGGAAAAUGGCCAAAGAGUUUACUUCACUGAAGCUAAUGCAGCACAACGAGCUGAGAGACCACCAUCGACAACAUUGACUAGCUUCUUUGCAAUGUGUGAAGCAGAUCCAUUCGCAGCGACGCUGAUGUACGUUGAAAUGCCUAAGUAUUACACUUGGAAUCAAUCAACAAAGAAAUUCCAACGUCGCAAACAAGGAACCCCAGUUCCAGAUUGGCCACAGGUGUUUUCCACUGAUGCACUAGGUCGCAUGUAUACUGUUCAUCCUAGAAAUGAUGAAUGUUUUUAUUUGCGACUGCUGUUGGUAAAUGUACGUGGACCAAAAUCAUUUGCGCAUUUGAAAACUGUGAAUGGCCACCAAUGCCAAACAUAUCGAGAAGCAUGUCAACUAUUGGGUUUGCUAGAGAACGAUUCUCAUUGGGAUUUAACACUUGCGGAUUCAGUUGUUUCAUCAAAUGCGUACCAAAUACGAACGCUGUUCGCAAUUAUCAUCACCACAUGUCUUCCUUCACAACCAAUUCAGUUAUGGAACAAAUACAAAGACGACAUAUGUGAAGAUAUCUUACAUCGCUUGCGCAUUCAAACGAAUAAUCCUGACAUGCAAAUAACCGAUGAAAUCUACAAUGAAGGAUUGAUUCUGAUUGAGGAUCAAUGCUUGACUAUUGCAAACAAGCUACUGAUUGAAGUAGGAAUGAUUGCACCAAAUCGAUCGAUACACGAUGCAUUCAACCAAGAAUUAAAUCGAGAGCUGCAAUACAAUGUUGAUACAUUGCAGGAAUUCGUUCAAAAUAAUGUGCCGUUGCUGAAUGAACAGCAAAAACCAGUAUACGAAACAUUAAUGCAAGCGGUGGACAAUAAUACUGGUGGUCUAUUCUUCCUGGACGCAUCUGGAGGAACAGGGAAAACAUUUGUCAUUUCAUUGAUUUUGGCCACUAUUCGAUCAACAGGUGACAUAGCUUUGGCGUUAGCAUCAUCUGGAAUUGCGGCGAUUCUUCUAGAUGGCGGUCGUACUGCUUAUUCUGCGCUUAAGUUGCCACUCAAUUUAAACACAAUUGAGACUCCAACAUGCAAUAUUUCCCGAUCCAGUGCAAUGAGAAAAUUGUUGACGCAAUGCAAGCUCAUUGUUUGGGAUGAGUGCACAAUGGCACAUAAGAAAUCACUUGAAGCACUUAACUUCACACUGAAGGAUCUUCGGCGAAAUAACAACAUUUUUGGCGGCUUGAUGAUAUUGUUGGCAGGCGAUUUCAGGCAGACGUUGCCAGUAAUUCCCCGUGGAACGCCUGCAGAUGAAUUGAAUGCUUGCCUGAAGGCAUCACCUUUAUGGAAUAACGUAAAAACAUUAUAG